AUUAAUUAUUAACAAUGUUACGGCUGAGUUUUAUUCUUCGGCAUUAUUAAUUAUUAACAAUGUUACGGCUGAGUUAUAUUUUCCGGCAUUAUUUACUUUACACAAGGAAAAAAAAAAGAAAUCAUUUUCGUCCCAACGCGAAAAAAAAAAGAAAAGCUCUCGACGACAGGCGAUUUCGAAGCGUCUCGAUACGAAGAUGCCUAAUUCGCACAAACCUCAUUUCUUGAAGCCUCUGCUUCCCGAUUUCCACAGUGGCGUGACAAUACCACUUGGCUUCUUCUCACAGCACAUAGAAGGGAAGACAAACCGGAAAACAUGGAAACUAAGAUCGGACGCUACAGAUCAAACUUGGGAAGUGAUACAAGAAGGCAGGAGACUCACCGGAGGUUGGAAAGAUUUCACCACAGCACAUGACCUUCAAAUCGGUGACAUUGUCAUCUUCAAACACGAAGGAGAUAUGGUGUUUCAUGUCACACCAUUUGGUCCUAGCUGUUGUGAGAUUCAGUAUACACAUCCUCACAUCAUCAAGGAAGAAGCCGAUGCGGAUGAUGCUCCUUCUUUCUCAUUUGACUAUUGUUUUCAGGCUGAGGUCACUGCUUCGAAUCUAAAAGAAGACAAACUUUAUCUUCCUGAGGGAGCUACGACUUGUACUGCUUUGAACAAACAAUGCCAAGAGAUAAUACUUGUCAACAAAGAGGGAAAUUCAUGGACUGUGAGUUUGCGAUUUAGCGAAGCAGACGGCAUGUAUUACAUCAGAAGAGGCUGGAGAAAGUUCUGUCGUGCUAACAGAUGCGCCAUAGGAGACUUAUUUGUGUUCAAUGUGGUUGGAGAUGGGAAAACUACUCCACUAAUGUGUGUAUGUCCGGAAAGGGAAGAGUGAUUUUGAACCUAAACUUAUGUAUGUCGAACCAGAAAUUUAUGUAUGUCUCUUUUUAUGGCUGACUAAUAUUCAUAUUAUGGUUGAGUUAUUGUUUAUGUUAUUGUUUGAUUAUGACUGACUUCCACUGAACGUUAUAGCUGAGUUACUAUCUUAUUAUGACUGACGAAUACUCAUAUAAUGGCUGGGUUAUUGUUUGAUUAUGACUUAAUUAACGUAACGGCUGAGAUGCAGUGAACGUUAUAACUGAGUUAUUAAAACAUUAUGACUGACGAAUACUCAUAUUAUGGCUGGGUUAUUGUUUGAUAGUGACUUAAUUAACGUAACGGCUGAAUUGCAGUGAACGUUAUAACUGAGUUAUUAAAACGUUAUGACUGACGAAUACUCGUAUUAUGGCUGGGUUAUUGUUUGAUUAUGAAUUAAUUAACGUACUGGCUGAGUUGCAUUGAACGUAAUAGCUGAGUUACUAAAAACAUUGCGUCUAAAUUAUGAUUACAACACAUGACUACGCAAAGAAAUAGUGCCAAAAUAUGGCCAUACCAAACCCACAAACCACCACUGGAAACAUCAAACACUUCAUCUUUUCCGCUUUACCGAGUUCUUUCUCCAACCGACCAACGUCUACUCUCAGAUCUGAUAUGCCUUUGGUCAUGUCACUCAUCACCGAUUUCAUAUCUUCUACCUCUUCCACCAAGCACUCGUCCGCCCAUUUGAAUAAAUGUCUCUGAUUUCACCAACAUGCCCAGCUCUUAGUAUCACAUUGACAGUAUAAUGAAUAAAAUUAAAAAUCAAACCUUAAUAUAUCCUUUGCGACAGCAAUAGUACAGUCUUCCUGGAUUAGCCCGUGAUGCAGAUGUACAUAAUUCAGCGGGUUCACCACACCAACACUGUUUCGGCGUUCCUCUUUCCACAUGCCGGCGGUGAAAGUAAGUGUUACCAGACACAGAUGAUGAAGAAGACAUUUUCUUUGAAUGAAAGAGAAAUUGGUGUGAAAGACAAAGUUAAAACAAUAGUGGUAGUAAUAUAAAAUCAUUUUUUUAAAAAAAUUCAAAUAAAGAGGAAUAAUUUAAAUUAAUAAACUAUUAAAUGCCUCGAUAUUAGGUUUGAGCCGUAUUUUUCCACACACGUGAUGCACUUUAAUUAUGACGAAUACUCAAUCAAAUCAAGAAAUACGAAAGGUUCUUUAUUAUUUUAUCAAACACUUAAGUUGAAUUCGUAUUACGGCUGUGUUAGCGUCUAUAUUUUGGCUGAGUUAACGUAGACGUAUUGACUGAGUUACAUUAAAAAUAACAAUACCUCGAUUAUGUAAAUAAUCCGAUACAUGCGUGCCAGCCGUAUAAUAAUGAGUCUCGAUAUUCUCAAUGCAAACGAAAUUUCUCAUGCACAUAAUAAUAAGAGAAUAAAGGUCUCUAAUAAUAGUAGUCUCGAUAAUGUAAUGACGGCCAUAAUAAUGAGUCUCGAUAUUCUCAAUGACGAUGGAAUUUCUCGCACGUAUAAUAAUAAGAGAAUAAAGGACUCUAAUACUGGUCUCGAUUAAGUAAUGGCGGCCAUAAUAAUACAUUGAAAAUAGCGUUAACUAUGGCUUUGUAUUUUUACAAUAUAAGGCUGAGUUAUUAGUAUCUUAAUUCGUAUUACGGCUGAGUUACUUAACUGAAACACUGACGUUUGACGCAAACAAUUCCGGCUGAGUUAAACAACUUUAUAAAACCUUAACGGCUGAGUUAAACAACUUUAUAGAAACUAAACGGCUGAGUUAAACAACUUAAUAGAAACUUAAUGGCUGAGUUAAACAACUUUAUAGAAACUUAACGGCUGAGUUAAACAACUUUACAAAAACUUGACGGCUGAA